AAAAAACAAUAAGCUGAUUCGGAUACUGAUCCUCCUUAAGCAAUUUCCGUUUCAGCAACUACAACUUCACUUCUCUGCCUCAGUUUCUGGGUAACAGGUUAAAUUGAGAGAUGGAAGCGCAACAAGAAUUGGAGUGGAUGGAAGCCCAAAAGAUUGCAAUAAGCGUUGACCUUGUCGCUGUGGCCAAAAAGCAGCUUCAGUUCCUUGAAGCUGUUGAUAGGAAUCGUCACCUCUAUGACGGUCCUGCCCUUGAGAGAGCUAUCUAUAGGUACAAUGCUUGUUGGCUUCCCUUGCUUGCCAAACAUUCCGAGUCUAGGCUGAUUGAAGGGCCUUUGGUAGUUCCUCUUGACUGUGAAUGGGUUUGGCACUGUCACAGGCUCAACCCGGUAAGGUACAAAUCUGACUGUGAGGAACUCUUUGGACGGAUGCUUGACAACUUUGCUGUUGUCUCUACUGUUGAAGGAAUUUGUGGCAGGCAAACUGAAGAAAUUUGGAAUAAACUAUAUCCUGAUGAGCCCUACGUUGCUGAUUUGAUUAAUCUUAUCACAGAGGAUAUCUCUGAAAGGAUUGCUAGACUUGCAAAAUGCACUAAAUAUGAUCUGAUUUCAUCUGUUAAGAGGCAGAGUCCGUUCUAUUACCAGGUAUCAAGACCCUACACGAAAAAUGAUAUCUUUAUCAAGGAAGCUGUGGCCAGAUAUAAGGGCUUUCUGUAUCUUAUCAAGACAAACAAGGAGAAGGGUAUAAAGCGCUUUUGUGUCCCAACAUAUGACAUUGACCUAAUCUGGCACUCUCACCAAUUACAUCCAGUUUCUUAUUGUAAAGACCUCAAUGAAACACUUGGAAAAGUAUUGGAACACGAUGAUACAGACUCGGACAGAACUAAAGGAAAGAAAUUGGAUGUUGGUUUUUCUGGAACCACCAAACAGUGGGAAGACACAUUUGGUACAAGAUAUUGGAAGGCUGGAGCAAUGUAUAGGGGUAAUGCUCCAUCUCCUAUUACAAGCAACCCUUUUUCAUCUAGCAUGAUUUACAAGAAGGUUGUUACUUUCAAUGAGCAUCCACAAGAAAUUUCGCUACAAGAUCGGAAAGUUGUGGAGGUUCUCUUGGAGAUUGUUGGGGUUAAAAACUUACCUGAGGGACAGGAAGGAGGUCUCUGUGUUUUAUUUUCCAAAUCACAACCUGAUGCAUUCUUUGAUGCUAAAAGGAGACUAAAUAUUUUGUCAGAGUCCGGAGAGAAACAGGUUGCAUCUUUCCAGUGUGAACCAACAGGACAGCUUGUUUUUGAACUCAUGUCCCAUUCUUCUUCCAAGUUAGCAGUAAGAAGAUCAACAAAGACACUGGGUUCUGUUUCAUUCUCUAUGGUAGACUAUCUUGACCCAGUUUCAAAACUGUAUGUUGAGAAAUGGUUGGAGUUGGUGCCAAGUUCUGGUACCAUGAGCUCAAAGCCAAUCUUAUUACGGGUAGCCAUCUCAUUUUCUGUUCCUGUUCCUGCCCCAUACACGCUUGAAAUGACUCAGUCUCGACCACUUUCCAAAAAUACAUGUUUCUUCAACCUUCCUGUUAGGCCUCAAAAUGCCAGGAGCUGGACUCAUGUCACAGAUGAAACUGACACCAGAGUCAUCAGCCUUCAAAUGAGGGAUUUGAAGAACACAAAGAACAUUGGAAACCCUGGAAAGGAGGUUGUUGGCCUCACGAAGUCUGGUGAAACUCGCACUCUUGCUGAGUUUAAGGAAAAUGGAUGGUCUAUUUUGGAGAAUCUUGGGUUGUUUCACCUUCCAAACAAAUGCGGAAAUGAUGGCCAUCUCUUUGAGCUAACGGGCUCCAAGACGGUGAAAAUAUUUCCAGGAAGAAAGCUAGACUAUGAACCGAGGCACUAUGGGAAACAAGGAAAUGAAAUGGACUUCUUAACAGCAGUUGAAUUCUCCAUAGAAGAUCCUUAUGGAAAAGCAGUAGCUUUGCUUGACUUAAGAUCUAGACUUGUCACGGUAAAGGAAAAGUGGAUGGUGUUGCCUGGAAUCAUAGUCGCUUUUAUUGCAUCUGAUACAAUGAAAAACGAAGGAUAUGAAGGCCUCAUUACUAGUAGUAAGGAUUUGAAGGUGAAUGGCCAAGUUGAGGAAAAUGAAAAGAAAGACAUAAACGGAGUGGAGUUAAGCUGUGAAGUGUGCAGUGGAGAUAAGGGGAUAACCAAAAAGCUUGAACUCUCAAGUGGAGGCUGUGGUAAUGCAAUGAAAAGUGGUGGCUGUGGGGGCUGUGGUGUUGGUGUUUGUGGCGGAGGAGGGUGUGGAAAUAUAAUGAAGAGUGGUGGCUGUGGCAGUGGUUGUGGCGGAGGGUGUGGAGGAGGAUGUGGAAGUAUAAUAAAGAGUGGUGGCUGUGGCAGUGGUUGUGGCGGAGGGUGUGGAGGAGGAUGUGGAAGUAUGAUAAAGAGUGGUGGCUGUGGCAGUGGUUGUGGCGGAGGGUGUGGAGGAGGGUGUGGAAGUAUGAUAAAGAGUGGUGGUGGUUGUGGUGGAGGCUGUGGAGGGGGGUGUGGAAGUAUGAUGAAGAGUGCUGAAUGUCGUAGUGGCGCUGACUGUGGUGGCGGAAGGUGUGGCGGUUGUGGUGGUUGUGGUGAAGGAUGCGGUGGUGAGCUUGUGGACACUAAAUGCGGCAUCGAUGAACAUUUGAACGAGAAACCAAACUAUGUGAAUGAAGAAGCAGUCACUGCAUGAAGCAUGUUUCAUGGUAAUGUGUGUCACUUCUGUCUGAAUGUAUGUCAAUUUCGCUUCUCUCCCAUUGAAGUGUUUCUUAAACAGAGAAAAAAAAAUGGAGAGAGUUGAAUAUUAAUUACCUGUGCGAGUGUCAGUGUGUGUCC